AGCUUCCUGCAAAGCUGCGUUCAGGAGCGUCUCUGUUGUCGAAAGCUGCCAAACGAGUUUGCUGGCAUGACGCUGCCAGCGCCGCUUCGUCGACUGUUUUCAAAGCAGCUCUCUCUCCGGGCAACGCGUUUCUCACCGGGUUUGUGCUUUGCUCAAUAUACCAAAAUCCUGCAGAAGAAGCAGAAAUGCGCCUCGGCGCUGCUUGAGCAGCAAAGCCCGCCUCCCGGUCCUCUGUCCCCGGAGCAGCUGGACAGGAUGGCUCGCAACAAGAGGGCGGCGCUGGAGAGGCUGGCUUCCGCGCAGACUCCUGCAGGGUUCGGGGAAAGCUGGAGGAGGGAGCUGGCUGCUGAGUUUGGAAAGCCCUACUUCAAACAGCUGAUGCAGUUUGUUUCUGAAGAGAGGAAACGCCACACGGUUUACCCACCUGCUGAACAAGUGUUCACCUGGAGCAAGGUGUGCGACGUCACAGAUGUUAAAGUGGUCAUUCUUGGUCAAGAUCCGUAUCAUGGUCCAGGCCAAGCGCACGGACUUUGCUUCAGUGUGAAAAGACCAGUUCCUCCUCCUCCGAGUCUGGAGAACAUGUACAAAGAGCUGGCUGCAGACAUAGACGGCUUUCAGCAUCCGGGCCACGGCGACCUGACUGGAUGGGCCAGCCAAGGUGUGCUGCUGCUCAACGCCGUGCUGACUGUCAGGGCGCACCAAGCUAACUCCCACAAAGACAGAGGCUGGGAGACCUUCACUGACGCCGUGAUUCAACGCCUCAGCAGCAAUCAAGAGGGCGUCGUCUUCAUGCUGUGGGGAUCGUACGCACAGAAAAAAGGGGCUGCAAUUGACCGAAAACGCCACCAUGUCCUGCAGACUGUACAUCCUUCCCCCCUGUCUGCUCAUCGAGGAUUUUUCGGUUGCAGGCAUUUCUCCAAGGCCAACGAGUUGCUAGAGAAAUGUGGAAAGUCUCCCAUAAACUGGAAGGCUCUUUAACUUCUAUGUUGGCUUUUCUGAAGCCCAUGUAAACUACAGACCAAACCCACCUAUAAGCUUUUUACUUCUUCUUCGAGCAGUUAUUCAUGUUUUGAUAAAACAAUACCAGCAGAUUGUUCUGUUUUCACUGGAUUGUUCUUCUUGUGGUUUAACCUUUGUAAAUAUUUUUCUUUUUCUGCCCUUUUAGUUUGCACCUUGUUUCCUUUUAUACGUUUUUUUAUGUAAUGUUUGGUACAUUAAAGGGUUUUCUACAUAG